AUGCUGAGCCUGUUGUGUCUGACCCUCUUCUUUGUUGGGUGCUCCACGGCUGGAACCCCAGCACCCGUGUCUGAGGAUGUGCUGGUGGGCAUUGUGGGGGGCCACAAUGCUCGGCAGGGGAAGUGGCCAUGGCAGGGCAGCCUGAGGAUUUACAGCUACUACAUGACCUCGUGGGUGCACAUCUGUGGGGGCUCCAUCAUUCACCCCCAGUGGGUGCUGACUGCUGCCCACUGCAUUCGCAAGAGAAACGCUGACCCAUCAUCCUUCCGGAUCCAUGCUGGGGAUGUGUACCUCUAUGGGGGCAAGGGGCUGCUGAAAGUGAGCCGGAUCAUCAUCCACCCAGACUAUGUGCAUCCUGGCCUGGGUUCUGAUGUGGCCCUGCUCAGGCUGGCAAAACCUGUGCAAUCUUAUGCUAAUGUCCGGGCUGUCAAGCUGUCCUCUGGGUCUCUUAAUGUCACCCCAAAGGACGUGUGCUGGGUGACUGGCUGGGGAGCAGUGAGCAUGUGGGGAUCACUGCCUCCCCCCUACCGCCUGCAGCAGGUGCAAGUGCAGAUAGUGGACAAUGACCUUUGUGAGGAGAUGUACCAUAAUGCCUCCAGGCACUACUAUCGUGGUCAGAGACUGAUCCUACAGGACAUGUUAUGUGCAGGCAGUGAAGGCCGAGACUCCUGCUAUGGUGACUCAGGCGGCCCUCUGGUCUGCAAUGUGGCAGGCUCCUGGAACUUGGUGGGAGUGGUGAGCUGGGGCUAUGGCUGUGCCCUGAGGAAAAUCCCUGGGGUCUACGCACGCGUGCAGUCCUUCCUGCCCUGGAUCGCUCGGCAGAUAAAGCUGUUCUCCUGA